CGGUUAUGGGAAUAAUCGGGAUCGCUGCGACCACUACCACCACGUGAACGCGCACGUCCCUUAAAAGGGGGAUUACGUGCGUGCGUGCACAGCUAAAGCUAAAGUCACAAAAGCGGCAACUCUUCAGUGAGGUGGGCGCACAACUUCUGCACAGAACAUCAACAAACGACCGCAGGAGCAACUCGACCAGGAACGACAGGAACCAGGAGCAACUUGUUUGACAUGUUUGGAUGGGAAGACAGUUUAGUGAUGAUAUUAUUUAAAAGAAAGUGACAGAAGAUUCAAUUAGCCUAAGGAUUUUCUCACAUUGCAAUUUGGGAACGGUUUUUGGCUCAAAUCGAUUUGGAUGGUGUAAAGAUGACGGUGACAUAACUUUACAUCGCUGGAUCGCCGCGUUUCUCUUUCGGUAAAUUCAUCUCAAUGAAGAGUCUCUGACCCGGACCGACACACGCGGCGGCCCGGGAGCUGAAGCCCACAGGACGUAAACCCCACGGCUUGCCGGGAUGGUGCGCCUGCUGAACUGCCUGCUGCUGGGAUAUCUGACCUGGAAUCUGCGGAUAUCGGACGCACAGGGGGAGUACUGCCACGGCUGGCUGGACGCUAAUGGGAAUUAUCAUGAUGGCUUCCAGUGUCCGGAGGACUUUGACACCAUGGACGCCACCGUGUGCUGCGGCUCCUGCUCGCUGCGCUACUGCUGCGCGGCCGCGGACGCACGGCUGGACCAGGGCAGCUGCACCAACGACAGGGAGGUGGAGAACACCGAGUUUGCAGCCCAGCCCAUCUACGUGCCCUUCCUAAUGGUGGGAAGCAUCUUCGUCGCCUUUGUCGUGGUCGGCUCUCUGGUGGCCGUCUACUGCUGCACCUGCCUGCGGCCCAAGCAGCCGACCCAGCAGCCCAUUCGCUUCUCUCUGCGUAGCUGUCAGGGCGAAACCAUCCCCAUGAUCCUCACCUCCGCCCCCCCGAGCCUCCGCACCCCAUCGCGACAGUCCAGCACGGCCACCACCAGCUCCAGCUCGGCUGGCGGCGGCAGCUCCAUGCGGAGGUUUUCUCUCGGAGGUCAAGGGCAGCAGCACGGCUGCCUGGUGUCUGCCACCGUCUCCUCGUCAGCCUCCACCCCCACCCAGUCCCCUCAGACUCUGCCUCCACCUCCACCUCCACCCUACACAUCCCCACCAGCACCCAUGUCAGCAGGCAUCCAGCACUCGUUGCCCUCCACCCACACUCAGCUACAUCUGCACCAGUCCUCCAUGCCCUCUCACCCCUCUCAGAGCUUCCUCCUGCCACAGCAGUACUUCUUCCCCCUGCAGCCCGACGCCUUCUCAGCGGCCAAAGGCUUCACCGACUUCGGACAGAGCUGACAUGCCCCCAGCAGGGGAAAUAGAGGGAAUACUAGAUUUUUACACAGUUGGCUUUGAGCCUGCGAGGACAGACACACUACAACACAGCUGGUGGUGUUUGGGUGGAAGGCCUGGGCCGGCUGAACGGACACAGAGAGUGCGACAGAGCUGCAGGGCCUGAGGCGCUUCCCCCUUCUGCAUCACAGGACACAUCAGAGAUCAACAGACCUGUUAGAGGCAGCAACAGUUUUGAAUCUUGUGCACUUUUAUUUUAUAUUGUAAACAGACCUCAUUAGCCUUAUAUUUUAUUUUUUUACACGGGCGGUUUUUCAGUGUGACAGCUCACAAUACAGACUCAGAUCUUACACAUGUAUCACAAACCUUCCUCAAGAAACAAAAAAUCUGAAAUACUGCACAGGCCAACUCUGAGCAUUGUUUAAUAUUUAGAAAUAGAUGUUGGAAACCAGGGAAAUAUUGUUUUUUGACAAUCGCAAGGACCUCUGAAAGAGUGGAGGACUUGAUACACAAAGGACAUUUUAUUUAGAAGGAAAUGGACUUUAUAAGAUGUUGUACAGGGUUUAUACCCAGAGUAGGGUUGUCAUAUUGAUUUACAGCAAAUAAAAAUGUUGUCUCUCAGUA